AUGCAUAAUACAGGUAUUGAACAUUAUACUCUAAAAUGUAUAGCAUCGAUAGGCUCUGAAAAACGAUAUAGAAACAAUGGUUUUCCUAUAGAAAAUUAUGUUUUAAAUGGUGAUAAUAAUAAGAAGCUAUGUAAAUGUUUAGUCAGAAAGAAUCCCAAAGAGAGUAUGGGAAAAGAAGAAAAUAAGAAUGAUGAUGAAGUGGAUAUCAAUGAAAAGAAAAAAAUAAAUAGUAAGGGAAGUUUAAAUAGUCCAAGUUCUAUCAUAAAAAGUUUAAAAGUUAUUAAAUAUGGAUCUGCAGGGAUUAAGCCUUUUAUUCAAUUUAUUUCAGAAAAUAUAUUUAAAAUUAAAUCAGACUAUUUUUCAUCAUAUAUGAUUCCAAUUUUACAAAAAAUAUUAAAUUCAUUAAAAGAAAAACAUAAUCAAAUUGUAAGAUUAUUUGACAAAAAAAUAGAGUCUUUAAAUAUAAUUAUAGACAAAAAAUUGCAAAAUAUUGAUCAAAAGGACUUGCUAGUGAUGCAAACCUAUUAUAAUUUUCUUCCAAAGCACAAACAUAAAAAGUUAAAAAGUAAAUAUAAAUUGAUUCUCUCGUUAAAUCAUCGUAUGAAUUAUGUAAUUAUUAAAAGACACGAAAUAUAUAAUAUUACAAAAUAUUUUUUUAAAUUUUUUAAAAAUGUAAAAUGUGAAUUUAAUUUUCUAAGGAAAAUGGCUAGCAUUGUAUCGUCCACAACUAACAAACUUAUGCAUAAUAUGAUAUUUUUUUAUCCAAGCAUAUUUCCAUUAGGUAAAAUUUUUGAACAUUUUUAUGAAUUAUUUGAUGUUAUGGAUAAUUUAAUAGAAAAUAUUAAAACAUCACUUAAAAAUGGAUUUUUGUUAUUAGAUCGCACUAAAAUGGAUAAUGCUCAAAAAAUUAUGGAUUCUAUGAACAAUAAACUACGUCACGCUUUUUAUAGACAUUUAGAUCAUUUUGUAAAAGAUUUAAAUUUACUAAACUUAUCAAAUGAAGAUAAUUAUAUAACAAUGCAGACAAUUUUUUAUUUCCUCAAAAAGGAAAAUUUAGAUAAUAGAAGGUAUUUGGAAGAAACUUUAAAGAACCCUUGUAACACAAAUAUUACAAGUAUUCUUUUUGAUUUAUUGGUACGAGAAGGAGAUAUUAUUUCAGAAUACUAUAAUAAAGCUCAUAAUUAUUUUAAUUUAAAUUUUUAUGAGAAAAAUAAAAAUAAUAUAUGUUUAAAUGAUUUAAUACAAGAUAAAGUAAAGAAAGAAUACUUAUUAUCACUUUAUAGCACUCUUAUGAAAUUAAUGAGAAUUACCUUUUUUCAUAAUAAAUUACAAUUAAUAAUGGAGAUGCGAAAAUCAUUAAAAAAAAUUAACUCAAAAAGGAAAAGAAAAUAUAUAUCCGUUGCCACAAAAAAUGUUUUGACUCAGUCAAUGCAAUCAUAUUUACUUUCGGAAGUAGAAAAACAAAAAAAUAAAUUGGAAGAAAUUAAAUUUGAUAUAAAGUAUAGUCACUUAUUUAGUAGUUUAAAGAAAGAUAUAGAUAACGUUAAUGUUUUGAUGCUAAUCACAUAUGAAAAAAUAGAAGAGAUAGCAUUAACAUUUCAGUUGAUAACUUUUAUAAUUCACCAAGAUCUAGUUAAUGCUAAAAAAACAAAUGGUGAAAAAUUAGUUAGACCAGAGAACAUUUUGUUCGCAUUGUUCUACGUUAAACAUAUAAUAACAAAAUGUACCAUAGAAGAAAUGCAAUGA